AUGGGUAAAGGUGGUUAUUAUGCUGUUCAAAGAGGUAGAAGUGUCGGUAUUUACAGUAGUUGGGAUGAAUGUAAGGCUCAAGUAAAUGGUUACAGUGGAGCUGUUUACAAAAAAUUUGAUAGUGCAGGUGAGGCCAGUUCUUUUGCAGGUUCAAGUUCCGGCUAUGGUGGAUCAAGUGGAAGUACUUCACAAGGUGGUUCUUCCUAUGGAGGUUCUUCCUAUGGAGGUUCUUCCUAUGGAGGAGGUUCUUCCUAUGGAAGUUCUUCCUAUGGAGGUUCUUCCUAUGGAGGUUCUUCCUAUGGAGGUUCUUCCUAUGGAGGUUCUUCCUAUGGUGGUUCUUCCUAUGGAGGUUCUUCCUAUGGUGGUUCUUCCUAUGGAGGUUCUUCUUAUGGAGGUUCUUCCUAUGGUGGUUCUUCCUAUGGUUCAGGCACUCAAGCAUCAAAAUCUGAAAAAUACUAUGCUGUGAAAAGUAGUAACCCACAAGUUCCUAGUAGAGUAUUCAAUAACUGGGAUAACUGUAAUGAUUACGUUAAGGGUCAAAAAGGUCUUUCAUUUAGAAAAUUCGAUUCUUUGAAUGAUGCCAGUAAUUUUUCUAAGGGUAUUGUUUCAAGUGAAACUGAUUAUAAUAUUUUAGGUACAACUGAAUCUGAUUUUGCAGCUAAAACUCGUAUCUCAAAUCCAGUACAAAGGUCUAAGCCAGCUGAUAAAGUUCGUGUUUAUUGUGAUGGUUCGUCUUUACACAAUGGUACUGCUAUAGCCAGGGCUGGUUAUGGUGUUUACUUUGAUCAUGAUAACUACAAAGAUUUAAAUGCCAGUGAAAGAUUAAAUACCGGUGCUCAAACGAAUAAUAGAGGUGAGAUUGAAGCAGUCAGUAAUGCUUUAGACUCUAUUUAUGAUUCUUUGAGCAAUAAGGGUAACAAAGCAGAAUUCGAAAUAUGGACUGACUCUGAAUACGUAAUGAAGAGUUUGAAUGAUAACUACGAAACCAUCGCUAAACAAAAAGGUGAAUCGGUAGCAAAUGCAGAUUUGGUCAUGCCUAUGAUUGAAAAAUAUGUCAAGGUCAAAAAAUACUAUGAAGUUAAUAAAGAUUCCUAUCCUGGAACCGAUUUCAAGAUUAAAUGGGUUAAAGGUCAUGAAGGUGAAUAUGGUAAUGAGAUGGCUGACCAACUCGCAAAACAAGGUGCAAUGAAAUAG